CAAGCAAUCAUAAUCGACUGUUUACUUUACUCUUGUCCUAUCCUAUAAUCGGAGGAGGAGAGAGUCUAGGUCAACGACUGAGUCGAAAUGCUUCACCGGCGGAGUAUCCUUACCGCCGCCGCCGUCUUUUACCUUUACCUCCUUCUCUCCGUUCAUUCCCUUGAAGAUCUCACGCGCAAACAGAAGCACCAAAUCGAUGGACCCAUCAAAACCCUAGUAGUUAUAGUCAUGGAAAACCGUUCUUUCGAUCACAUUCUCGGCUGGUUGAAGACCACUCGCCCGGAUAUCGAUGGACUCACUGGAAAAGAAUCGAACCCACUCAACGCUUCAGACCCUAAUUCCCCUCAGAUUCUUGUCUCUGAUGACGCUGUCUUUAUUGAUUCUGACCCAGGUCAUUCCAUUCAGGCAAUAAGAGAACAGAUAUUUGGGACCAACGAUACGUCCGCCGAUCCGGCUCCGAUGAACGGUUUUGUUCAGCAGGCUCUGUCUAUGGAAACAGAAGGAAUGGAGAAAACGGUAAUGAGCGGGUUUAAACCGGAACUCGUACCUAUCUACACCGAGUUAGCAAACGAAUUCGCCGUGCUCGACCGUUGGUUCGCUUCUGUUCCUGCGUCAACUCAACCUAACCGAUUUUACGUCCACUCCGCGACUUCUCAUGGAGCUUCAAGCAAUGUUCGUAAAGACCUCAUCCAUGGCUUCCCUCAAAAAACCAUCUUUGAUUCCUUGGAGGAGAAUGACCUAACAUUUGGAAUUUAUUACCAGAACAUACCCGCAACUCUAUUUUUUAAGAGCUUGAGAAAGUUGAAGCAUACAGUUAAGUUUCACGACUACAAAUUGAAUUUCAAGUCUCAUGCCAGAAAGGGUAAGCUCCCAAAUUACUCCGUGAUCGAGCAGAGGUAUUUUGAUAUCUCGAUUGAUCCUGCAAAUGAUGAUCACCCUUCACAUGACGUUGCGCUUGGACAGAAGUUUGUGAAGGAGGUUUAUGAGAUACUUAGGGCUAGCCCUCAAUGGAAAGAGAUGGCUCUUUUAAUAACUUAUGAUGAGCAUGGUGGGUUUUAUGAUCAUGUUCCCACACCUGUAAAUAAUGUCCCCAACCCUGAUGGGAUCAUCGGGCCUGAACCACAUUAUUUCCAGUUUGAUCGGCUGGGUGUUCGCGUCCCCACUUUCCUUAUUUCGCCUUGGGUUGAUAAGGCCACAGUGAUCCAUGAACCAAAUGGUCCAACCCCAUAUUCACAGUUUGAACACUCUUCUAUUCCCGCCACUGUGAAAAAGCUUUUUAACCUGAAAUCGAACUUCCUAACUAGACGAGAUGCAUGGGCUGGAACGUUUGAGAAUGUGUUCCACAUCCGUAAUACUCCUCGUGAUGAUUGUCCAGAGAAGCUGGGGGAUGUUAAGAUUAGUCUUAGACCAUUUGGUCCAAGGGAAGACUCUAAACUGACAGAGUUCCAAGAGGAGUUAAUUCAGCUUGCAAUGCAACUUUCUGGUGAUUUUAUUCUGAAUACUUACCCGGAAGCUGGGAAAAGGAUGACAGUCGGCGAAGCUAACCAAUACGCAGAGAAAGCAGUUGAGAGGUUCUUGGAAGCAGGAAGAGCAGCUUUGAAGGCAGGGGCUAAUGAUUCUUCUUUCGUCAAUAUGAGGCCCUCACUCACUACCAGAACCUCCACACCAUAUGCAAGCAGCUAUUGAUCUCUUAUUUUGUACUAUAUCUGUAAAUAUGAAGAAGCCUAUUUGAGAACACCAUCAUCAUAUACUUAAGGACAUUAUUGUGUAGUGUAAACAUUAAAUCAAUCCCCAUAGCUGUUGGUUGGUCUAUCUAUGGGACCACUAUACAUUAAUGGAUGAUCAUCACCUUAUUACUGUAAUUUGUAAAUCAGCUUGUGUGAUAAUAAUAAUAAUAAUAAUAAGUAAAGCCUUCUUCUUCAA